AUGCGCGAUCCCUCCACUCACCUCUAUGGCUAUGUUCCUACCGAGUGGAUUUGCAUCCUCUUCGUCGUCCUCUUUUCUCUCUCCACAUUGGUCCACCUCUGCCAGGCCGUUCACUCCCGGCUUUGGUGGCUGCUCCCUACCACCGUCCUCUGCGGAAUCACUGAGAUCAUCGGAUGGAGCGGCCGUCUCUGGUCCAGCAAGAACCCCACAAACCUCAACCCUUUCCUCAUGCAAAUCAGUACGACCAUCAUCGCACCCACCAUGCUUAUCGCUGCAAGCUUUAUUGUCCUUGGUCAGAUCAUUAGACGUCUCGGACAACAGUACAGCCGUCUCAGUGCUUGGUGGUACACCAUCAUCUUCAUCUCCUGCGACAUAAUCGCCCUCGUCAUACAGGCCGUCGGCGGCGCCAAAGCCUCCAUCGCCGCCCAGAACGGCGACAACCCCAGCUCCGGCGGAAAUGUCAUGCUCGGUGGCAUCGCGUUCCAGCUCGCUGCGGUCUGCGUCUACCUCGCGUUCGCCUCUGAGUUCCUCGUCCGCUACUUCCGCGACCGCCCCGUGCGCGCCGUCUCUGCGAUGGAGACGAAGCGGCCCGCGCUCGCGGCGGCGGUCCGUCUGAUGCUGCUCGCGCUCGCGCUCGACGGCGUGCUCAUCCUCAUCCGGUCCAUCUACCGCACGAUCGAACUGUCGGACGGGUGGACCGGACGCAUCAUCACCACCCAGGUCUACUUCAACGCCCUCGACGGCGGUGCGAUACUCCUGGCACUGUUCACGCUCAACGUCUUCCACCCGGGCCGGCUGCUAGGCAAGGCGCACACAUGGGCCGGGCGGGAGAAGUGCGCGGCGCCGAGCGCGAGCUCCCAGGUGACUGCGGUUUGA